AUGGCGUUGCCUCCAGCUGUUCGCCUGAUGGCGAUUGGCACCAUGGUUGUCUUUUGCUAUCUAUGCGCCCAGAUCUUCCGAGCGCCGUCAAGCCUUUCCGCUGGCGGUAAGGAUGCCGUCAAGUUCAGCGACAUGCCCAGGGAUCCCAACCUUGAUCCUACUGGAGAACCGCCGGAACCGCUACACCGAGUCUCAGGCAACAACUAUGCUCCCGACAACGUUAACUCGAAUCGCAUCAAUGCCACCAUCCUGUCCCUUGUGCGCAACGAAGAGCUGGAUGGAAUUCUACAAUCCAUGCGCGACCUAGAGCGUACCUGGAACCACAAGUUCAACUACCCAUGGACUUUCUUCAACGACGUACCCUUCACCGAGGCAUUCAAAAAGGCCACACGUGCCAUGACAAAGGCAGAGGUGCGCUACGAGCUUAUUCCGAAAGAGCACUGGGACGUUCCCAGCUGGAUCAAUCAGGACCUGUUCCGUGAGAGCGCAGAUGUCCUCAAGGAACACGACGUCCAGUACUCGCACAUGCUGAGCUACCACCAAAUGUGUCGCUGGAACUCUGGCAUGUUCUACCACCACCCCGCCCUCAAGGACAUGCAAUACUACUGGCGCGUCGAGCCAAAGGUCCACUUCUUCUGUGAUGUCGACUACGAUGUCUUCCGCUUCAUGCAGGACCGCAACAAGACCUAUGGUUUCACCAUCAACCUCUACGACUCUCCCCAAUCCAUCGCAACGCUAUGGCCCGAAACUGUCAAGUUCCUUGCUGCAAAUGGCCACCACCAACAUCCCAACAACGCCAUGAAAUGGUUGACCGACAAGGAACGCAGACCAGACCACAACGUCCAAGCGAACGGCUACAGCACCUGCCAUUUCUGGAGCAACUUUGAGAUUGCAGACAUGAACUUCUGGCGCUCUUCUGCCUACGAAGAAUACUUUGACCAUCUCGAUCGUGCUGGUGGUUUCUUCUACGAACGCUGGGGUGAUGCUCCUGUCCACAGUAUCGCUUUGGGUCUGUUUGAAGAUGCCCGCAAGAUCCACUGGUUCAAGGAUAUCGGAUACCAACAUAUUCCCUUCUUCAAUUGCCCGAAUUCGCCAAAGUGCAGGGGUUGCGUUACUGGACGCUUCACUGAUGGCGAAAAGUGGCUGAAUAGAGAAGAUUGCCGUCCCAAUUGGUUCAAAUACGUUGGCAUGAGUCCUGAAUGGGCUGUUCAAAAUGAUGACUAG